AUGCUGCGAAAUGCAGCAAGGAAGCUUCGACCUAGGCCAAUUCUACCGCCUGGAGAACCAACUUUGACAGUGUCGUUUUCACCACGAACCUCUGUUCCAAAUGAUGCCGCGCUGUUGAACACUCCUCCGGAGAUCAUUCCAAAUAGAGACAUUACUCAGCACCGAAUCGUGCUCCAUGAGAAGACUUGUCCAAAUGCAGCAGUACAUCAGCGUGAGAGUCGCCCUCGCCCGAAAGCUAAAUUGCCGUGCAAUCCGAGGCAGGACUAUUCAAAGGUGUCAUUGGAUUUCUUGCCCGCAAGUGUCUUGUUGCAAAAGGUGCUUGGGGAAGGACAAGAUGCCGAGAUUUGGAGAGAAAGAGUCGCCAGAUUCCGCAGUGUCAGACUGCCAAUUGUCCUGUUACAGGAGAUGAUGCGCCAGGGGCCUCUCGGAGUGACGUCUGCAAGUAACUUUGACGAAUUCUUACCAACCCAGGGCGAGAUAGAUUCAGUGUUGAAGCAUCCGAGCUACGCAAAACACAAGCUAAACUACUACGUAUACGUACUGCGCGGGCGUGAUGAUGACGAAAGAUGCAGGAGGUACCUAGAAAACCCCCCUGCGAACCCGCUGUUCAUAUUUCAUUUCAUUGCUCGACCUAGUUCGAAGAUCAGCAGCAUGGGCAUUUUGCAUUCUUUGAUCGAGACUUGCCCCUUGCAUUUUAGUGAGGGAGUCUUGACGGAGGAGAUUCCACGCGAAGGAAAGAAGAAAUCGACAAAGGGACCCAAAGUCGACCAAAUGAACUUCCUCUUGAUUAUGCGACAGCUUCUUCAGCACUGCCUCAGGAUCGAGCCUAGAUUCGUUGUCAGACUGGCAGAGGUGGCUUCCCGGUACAUUCGGCACAUACCGACAUAUCCUCGUCCGCAGAGGAAGUCGUAUCUGCUACAGUGCGGUGUUUUCAAUGCAUGCCUUCAUAUCUUUCGGCCGCAGUCCCGCCUUCAGGCAGUACAGAAGGCCAUGCCUAGCGCAUAUUUUUGGGAAGCGCAAAGGGUUCUCCUUUCCAUGUCCGCCGGGCUACAGCAACCUCUGCUCGUGGGACGUGACGGGUUUCGCGCUAUAAGAGAUGUCUUGUCCGGCCAGCCAAAGAACUCCACAGAGAUGUAUAGCUCAGCACGACAUGCACCGGGCUGGCCCCCGUACUUGCAGCCAAGUCAUGGCAUGGACGAACUAGCUGACCCGGAAGAUAACUGGAGCCGCACCGUCAGCGCGGGAAUGCUGAUGCAAGAGGCAGGAUUUGCCAAGGACGACUUUGACGAUGCAGUGGACAUUAUGCAAGGCAUGGCUCUGGAUGGGGCACCCACGAUUCAACAAAGGAGCUCGCUUCCUACGGGCCGAAAUAUCGGAAUCUGGGAUGCGUCCAUUAAUGCCACGAGAAACGCUCAAGAGGCCUGGGAGCGGUUCAACAGUCCGCCUCAAGAAGGGAUGAAGCCCGGGCCCUCCGAGUAUGCCUCCAUGUUCAGAAAGCUUGUGUUGCGGGAAGCUGAGCCAGACCGCUGGCUAUUACCGGGUGAUAAAUCCCUGAACUUUCCCGCGCAGAACGAAGCCAACUUGGCAGAGUUCGAAAGAGCACGUGUGCGCCCGCCUAGCGUUUCCGAGCUUUAUCAACGCAUGAUGCUGGAUGGAAUUGCACCCCAAGGCACUUGUCUACGUAUCCUGGUGGCGAAUGCCGAUUCCAUGGAGACCGCCGUGCAGUAUCUGCGCGACAGCCCCGAGGGGAGCAGAGCGGUACGGGCCCUGGCUUCAGACAUGCCCGACUCGCAAUCCUUGAGCAUGGUCUCUCUAAGUCUCUUCGCCGCCUACAUACAAGUGUGCCUACGAGUGCAUGGACCCCGAGGCAAAAAUCAACUUGCGCGUGCUAUUCGUCUUGCUAAGACGAGACUGACCAAGGUACACUCUCGUUGGGUAUCGUUCAUCUGGGGCCUCAUUCUCAAAGACCUGUCCCAACACCACAAGGCGCUCAACAUGUCCUUGGCGGAACAGCUCUCCAUGAUAUUACGUGUCAGCGAAAUCAUGGAAGAGGAUAGCGGUGUGCAGUUGGCGACGUUUACGCAGUUCAACAAAUGCAUCCGAAAGGCCACGCGACGAGAAGUCGACAGGGUCUUUGCAGGGCAUGCCGAGCGGCCCAGUCAAACAGACGUUGGCUUUUGGCAAGCCCUGUAUUACCCCUGUUCCGGCGUGAAAUCGGAAAACGCUGCUCAGAGCCGGCACGGAGGAACUGUUGACGAGACCGACGUCGGCGAAGAAGGCAAGUUGGCAGCGAGAAGCAUCCAUCUUUUGAAGCAGGCGGGGAACAAGAUGAAGAAGACAUUCCAGAUCUUGGCCGAAAGAGAAAAGGACGUGCAAAAGUAUCUGGAAACCUGCCAAGUAACGCCGCUGGAGCGGUUGAACUCUCGGAGAGAUGCAAUACGUAGUGACGAUGCUCAUGAAUACAUGUUGACACUUGGUUACUUGGGAGAAUUCGCAGAAAUGGGCCGGCUGCUGGAAUGGCUGAUGGAGGAGUGGGCCCUUUCCGAUGUCGUGUCAACGCUGAACGAGUUGGAUGAAGCUCCGCCGUAUGCCGACUUCUGCGAGACGCUCUGCGUAUUUCGGUUGGUGGCGGAGCCGAUGCUUGGACGGAAGACGGUGGCAUUGCUCACGCAGAAGAUGGCGGAUUCGCGGCUGGGCUGGGUAUGGCCAGACGACGAAGCCAUCAAAGCAUAUGCGGACCUGCAUGGUGACGAAUCGAUCAGCAUGCUAGGACGUCUCGUACAGUCGGCGGGAGUCGAUGCCGGAGUCAAGCAGGGGGCGGCGAGCCAAACCUGA